CCCGUUUGACAAUCCCCCGGUCAUUGCAGUUGACAACAUGACGAAUACACCAGUGUCACUGCUGGACACAACAAAACCAACCAACAGAAACACUCACACCGAGCGAACUAUCGUCAACCACGCUUGAAACCAAAAAAAAAAGGAAACACACGCACAAGAUGGCAAGUUCAACCAACUCGAACCCGACCAACAAAACCCAGAACUCUAAACUGGCCUCGGAUUUGAACAAAUCUUCUACUCCUAACCCGCAACAAGACACGUUAGGUGAAGACGAUGAAUUCGAAGAUUUCCCGGUCGAAAAUUGGACUGCCGCCGAAUCCGAUAUCUCGUCUCUAGCCAAUACGGUCGAUCAAGCCAAACAGGCAAACGGGGGUCGAGGGUCGACAACAGACGGACAAGCCAAUGGGAAGAAAGUGACGAUGGAUGAUCUAUGGGAGGAUAACUGGGACGACGAUGUGAUCGAGAGCGAUUUUGCACAUCAAUUGAGGGCCGAAUUAGAAAAGACUAAAUCAAAUGGUACCGGGCCUACUCCGAUGCAAACUUAAAUCACCAUCAUCAUCUCGUACCCUCAUACAUCCGUUCAUGUAAUAUAAAUCCUGGGUGAUACGCCGAUCCUGAAGUGAUUUCUUUUCUAUUCCAUGAAAUCUUGAUCUUUCAAGCUGCAUACACCACGGACGCCAAAGAUCGGGUUGGGAACCACUGAUUGAACCCGGUUGACAUGUCAUUGGUGUUCCUUAUCAGCAAGGCAUGACGGGUCUCAGGCUUCGACCCCUGUAGCCAAUCUAAAAUAUUAGAAAAAGAAGCAGUUCCCUCUAGAGGCAGUUUUUAAAACCUUUUCGAGCAGAUUUCGAAAUGUGUCUUGG